CUCGCUCUAUAUAGAUCUGCAACCUAGAUCCGUGUCAAACCCUCUCUCCAAUUCACUGCCGUACCUCCUCCUUGUUGAUCGAAAACUUUCCUUCGGCGGUGGAAGCGAACUGAGAGCAGAGAUUCAGAAACCAUGUUGGUUUAUCAAGAUUUAAUCUCAGGUGACGAGCUUCUCUCUGACUCCUUCCCCUACAAGGAAAUUGAGAAUGGUAUUCUUUGGGAGGUGGAAGGAAAGUGGGUAGUUCAAGGUGCAGUUGAAGUGAACAUCGGUGCCAACCCUUCAGCCGAAGGUGGCGAAGAAGAUGAGGGUGUUGAUGACCAAGCUGUGAAGGUUGUUGACAUCAUUGACACUUUCAGGCUUCAGGAACAACCCACUUUCGAUAAGAAGGCCUUUGUUGCGUACAUGAGGAAGUACAUCAAGUUAUUGUCUGAAAAACUUGAUGGUGAGAAUAAGGAUCAUUUUAUGAAGAACAUUGAAUGUGCCACAAAGUAUUUGCUUGGAAAACUCAAAGACCUGCAAUUCUUUGUGGGAGAGAGCAUGGCUGAUAACGCUGGAAUGGUGUUUGCUUACUACAAGGAAGGUGCCAACAACCCGACAUUCUUGUACAUCGCUCCUGGCUUGAAGGAAGUGAAAUGCUGAACAAUGAAGGUGGCUGACAACAAAGGGAGAUCUUUGAAGGAGAGGAGGUGGUGUUUUCUUGUAACUUUCUAAGAGUCUUUGAAUGUUAUUGGUUUUUAUCAUGAUUGUGGUACUUACGUUACACAGUUUAAUGCUGUUAUCUGAGAUUACUUCUAUUUAUUUUGGGCCUUGGAUCAUUAAAGUUUUGGUCUUGUGAUGUCUAAAUGAUUUUAAAUUUGCAUAACUGCAAAUUAAUUUAGUUUGUUUUUCUUUUUUUAAAGAUGUUGGUAUGGAGUGAAAAUUUGAUAAUAUCCAUUUGUUUGAGAGACA